AUGCCUACGCGCGCACCUUCAACUCCUGCAACAGACACGACGGCGCCCGCUGCACUGUCGUUGCGAUGCUGUGCUGUCCACGGUUGCGAGGGUUAUCCGCAACGCACAGGCUUGUGUCGAGCACACGGAGGCCAAGGCGGUCGCUUGUGCCUGGUGGAAGGCUGCGACCGACGAGAGCAAGCCAAAGGCGUGUGCCGACUUCAUGGCGGUCGGACGCAGUGUCGGAUGGAUGGGUGCGAGAAGGCCGCCCAGAGUCGAGGACUGUGUCGAGCGCACGGUAGGGGCGAAGGGAAGCAGUGCGUUAUCGAGGGCUGCGCGCGCAGGGAACAGGUGAACAACCGCUGCAGGAUCCACGGAGGGAAGGAGAAGUGUCGGGUGCGUGACUGCUCCAAGUUCGCACAUCGAGCUGGAAUGUGUCGAGAGCACGGAGGCGGGGGAGGGAAACUGUGUAUCGUGGACGGAUGCACGCGGCGCCAGCAAGCCAAGAACAAGUGCAGGAUUCACGGCGGACAGGUGCUGUGCGAGGUUGAGGGGUGCAGCAAGUGCUCGCACAGAGGAGGCGUGUGUCGUGAGCAUGGCGAUGGAUCGGAGUGCCGGGUGGAAGGCUGCAUCAAGUAUGUGCACAAGGGAGGAGUGUGUCACUCGCACAAUAUGGAGAAGCAGAGUUAG